AUGAGCUGGAGUGAUUACAAAGACAAGCGAAGAACAAGCAGAGGAGCGAUGCAAUCAAACUCGCAGAGGGGGAGGCAGCAACAAAAAGUGAGAAUAAUGGGGGUACGCUGGGGUGACUAUGGAUGGAAACCGGACAUGCAAGACCAAACGGAAUAUCGGAGGGGAUAA